AAAUGAAAUGCAAAUAAGAACAGGACAUAAUUUUUUUCUUCUCAAAGUGUAGUUGGAAUGGUUCCAGGGAGAAUGAUGAAAAGUGUAUUUGGACUUUUAUUUCUGGUUCUUCCUCAGAGAAACUUAGGAGUUACAAGAAUACUGGAGGGUCCGAAGGAUAUUUCAACUACAGAAGGAGGCACGGCAAUCUUUAAAUGUUCAUUUUGGUCGCCUUCUAGUGCAAGAGUAUUCUGGACUUUUAACGAAAAUCUUGUCCAACUGACAGACAAUGCAAGGCAGUAUACUGCCUCCGCAGAAGAGAAACGAGAUGAAAACUCUCAGCAGACACAGAUUUUAGAAGAUGGCACUCUGGUGCUUCGAAAUGUUGCACAAAGCGCAGCGGGAGUGUACGCGUGCACAGUUGUUGAUGAGGAUUCCUUGGAAAGAAUUGUUUCUGCCCCCGCUAUUUUGAAUGUAGAGGGUAGGACUGAAAAACCUAGAAUAUCACACAGACCUGUGAAAACCACAGUACAUAUUGGUGAAUUGAUAGUGCUUGAUUGUCUGGCUAGUGGAUACCCUCCACCCUUCUAUACUUGGUACAAGGAUGGAGGAAGGUUAAGUGCUGCCCAUGAUAGGUUCACCCUGGCGGAGAACGGCUCUCUUAUCAUUAGUAAUGCCCAGCUUGAUGAUUCAGCUAGAUACAGGUGUUCUGCUUCAAACUAUCUGGGGAAAGCUACCUCUUCAGUGAAAGUUCAAGUUGAGAACCUGGACCCUCCUUCCCCUCCCCAGAUUACAACCAGACCUAGGAAUAGAUCUGUUCAAGAAGGAGGAAUUAUUGAAAUGACUUGUGUAGCCCAGGGAUCCCCUUAUCCAACUGUAACCUGGUGGAAUAACAGACGUCUGGUGACAGCUAACAGCAGGGUAACCCUGUCCAACGGAGGACAGCAUCUUAGAAUACAGGAUAUUGAGAUUUAUGAUCAAGGAGACUACAGUUGUGUUGCUGAAAAUAUCCAUGGAAAAGAGCAGAUAGUUUCCUUUAUUAGAGUUCAACCUGACCCAAACAGGAGAGAGCAGUCACAAUGGAGAUUUACAACUACUGAAACUCCAAGAACAUCAAGGGUCACCCCUGCCAACACUUCUAGGAAUAGGAUGGAGGUUCUUGGUGCAACACUAGGUAUUACAGGGUUACCCGCAAAGGAUAAGACUGGGAAGACGACCUUUAAAUUCAUUUAAUAUGACAAUUCCUAG